UUUUUUUUUUGUUAUUUGUUAUUGUUUCUUGUUUUUCUUUCUCAAAAAAAAACAUGGAAGCGAAUACAAUACCCCCUAUAGUGGAAAAGCAUGCAGAAUUUAUUAAUUCAACUGUAAACUCACUAUAUACGAUUAUUGCUGCCAUUCCUGGAUCUCAUCUCGCUCUUAAUUAUGUUAAGAAUGCUUAUCAAAAUGACCCUUUUCGAAUUGCUCUUGAACUUUUCCUAGUCUUUUUCGCUAUUCGAUAUUUAAUGUCUGCUAAAUAUAAACCUCACGAUAAUGCAGUUAAAUUGUCAGACAAGGAAAUUGAUGAGCUUGUUGAAGAAUGGCAUCCUGAACCUUUAGUACCAGCCUUGAAUAAAUUUGAUAAAUUUAAUUUGGAUAAAACACCCGUUAUCUCGGGGGCACAAAGCGCAAAAUCAAAAGUAGUUGGCUAUGCUAAACCUCUCAUGAACUUAGCAACCACGAAUUAUCUUAAUUUUACAGCCUCUGAAGAGAUUCGAGAAAAGGCGAUUACGACACUUCGUAACUAUGGUGUUGGUUCAUGUGGACCUCCUGGUUUCUAUGGUACCAUUGACGUUCAUAUGGAACUUGAAAAGGAUAUUGCACACUUCAUAGGCACGGAGGCAGCUAUUAUUUAUGCACAAAAUUUUUCAACCAUUUCUUCUGUUAUCCCUGCCUUCAGUAAACGUGGUGAUAUUCUUGUUUGUGAUGACAGCGUUAGUUUUGCCGUUCAAAAGGGUAUUCAAAUUUCUCGUUCCAUUGUCCGUUGGUACAAGCAUAAUGAUAUGGCGGACCUUGAACGUGUAUUAGAAGAGAUUCGUAUGGAUGAUUUAGUUCACAAGAAGCGACUUACACGUCGUUUUAUUGUCUGUGAGGGCCUCUCGACGAAUUAUGGUGACAUUGCUCCACUUGAUAAACUGAUUGAAAUUAAAAAGAAGUACAAGUAUAGAUUAAUUUUAGAUGAAUCCCAAUCCUUUGGUGUUGUCGGCCCUCGUGGUGCUGGUCUUACUGAUCUCUUCCAAAUCCCAGCAACCGAGGUGGACAUUAUUGUAGGUUCGAUGGCCAACGCACUUUGUUCCUCUGGUGGCUUUUGUGCGGGAUCAGUUGCGAUUGUAGAUCAUCAACGUUUGAGUGGUUUAGCUUAUUGUUUCUCUGCUUCCAUUCCUGCCAUGUUGGCUGUUUCAUCUAGUGAAGCCAUCAAGUUGAUUAACGAACAACCUCAACUCUUGGCUGAACUUGCUGAACGUACCAAGACAUUCCGUUUAACAUUGACUCACAAGAGUUUAGAAUCCUUUGUGGAGUUGUUUUCAGGUGAUCCUGAGAAUCCAGCCCCCUUUUUCCAUAUUCGAGCCAAACCCAGCUUUUUACAAUCACGUUUAUUAGAGCAUGAAGAAGAAAUAAGUCGUGAAGAUGAAGAAUAUCUUUGGCAAGAUGUUGUAGAUGAAUGUGCUAAUCAAGGUGUUCUUGUUACUCGUGCAAAAUAUGUGAUUGAUCAAGAACGACACUGUCCUAGACCUGGUAUUAAAAUUAGUGUUACCAUUGGCUUGACAAAGAAGGAAAAUGAAAAGGCAGCUGGUAUUGUCAAGUCCGCCAUUAUUAAGGUCUUUACUAAAUGGAGAAAAUAAUUAUUUACUAUGAAUGUCCUUUAAUAUUUUUUUUUUUUUUUGCAUUAAUUCGCAUUUUUUUUUCGGGGGAGAAAGGAGAAUAAUUUAUUACUUACAUCUAUAUUACUUACAUAUAAUUAUAAUAUAUUAUAUAUCUAAUAAUAAUAAACUGAGGAAAAAGUAAUAAAAUAUAUAAAGAAUUUAGAAUAAUAAGCAACCAUUAUUUGUUGCAUGAUAUAACUGCUUUGUUUAUACUAUACUCGACAGAGGCUAGAAUAG